AUGAGUAGUUCUAGCUCUAGCUCUGGCUCUGGUUCUGGCUCUCCUUGUGGAGCUUGUAAGUUCCUUAGGAGGAAAUGUGCAAAGGGAUGCGUGUUUGCUCCAUACUUUUGUCAUGAACAAGGAGCUUCACACUUUGCAGCCAUUCACAAGGUCUUUGGAGCUAGCAAUGCUUCUAAAUUGCUUUCUCAGCUUCCCACUAGCGAUCGCUGUGAAGCCGCCAUUACCAUCUCUUAUGAAGCUCAAGCUAGGCUUCAGGAUCCUAUCUAUGGCUGCGUCUCUCAUAUCUUUGCUCUCCAACAACAGGUUGUGAAUCUACAAGCACAGCUUGAGAUUCUAAAGCAGCAAGCUGCACAGAGCAUGAUGUUUGCUGAUUCACCUUCAUCAGAAAACCCUAAUAGUUACUAUGCAGACACUGCUAAGACUCCUUCAAAUUAUCAGCAUGAUUAUCAUCAAGAACAUCAGAAUCUUUAUCAUCAUCAUCAUCAUCAUCAUGCUGAUCAGACCCAUUUGGUUUACCAAAGCGGAAGUUCCGGGAUGGUUCACCUCGGGGAUGCCACGGCGGAUAGUUACCACACCGAAAACCCUUCAGGCGGCUUCUCCAGCUACUCCGACUUGGAACAACACUUGAACACUUUCAAUCAAGAUCAUCUCAAAGAGCUUCAACCAGGAGCUUUGGGCUUCAUCUCCUUCUCGUGA